GUGCAGGCUGUGCACCCCUCUCCUGGAAUCACAGAUGCUCCAGAUUCUGAGCACCAGUGCCACCCAGGCGCAGAAUUCACCCGACGUCCCACGAGGGUUGCAGUCAAAGUCGGCCACUAGAAAGAUGACACGAGCUACCCUAGGGAGGGAGGAUUGUACACACGAGUUCGCACGUGCUUAGCCCCGGCCCCGGGUUCCCUGCCAGCGCAAAAGGAAACUACACUGUGUGUAGGGCCUAGGUGGAACACGAGCGCGAGCCACACGUGGUACACCCCAGCAAGAUCCCAGUGUGAGGCUGUGCCGAGCAGCUCCAGGUCCUGCGUCCAAAAAAAGCUAUGCGUACAGUUCAGCGCAGGCCCUGGGCUUAAGCUCUAGGAAAGAAGUAAAUGUGUUCAGACUUGGGUACCAUCUCCAAGGCACCUGGUUACAUAGGCAUAUACUCCAGAGCCCAAACCACUUCUGGGCCCAAGCGGUUUGGAGGAGAUACUCCAGCUGUCAGGGGCAAGCGUCCCCCACCCCGCACUGCGCAAGGAGGGGCGGCUUUCUGUCCUGGGAGAACCGGGAGCAACCGCCCAGCAGGUGGCCAGCAGCACCCCUAAGUGUAAGAACCGGCUGUGAAUGCGGGGCUGGGGAGCCCAAGGUCGGGCUGCACACCCGGGAAGGGGUGGGGCGGGCUGGGAUCCAGACUCCUAGGGUCUGCUCUGAAAGCACCUUAACUGCGGUCCCAGACUUCAGGCCCCUCUGGUGUGGACACCGGGGCACUCCUGGGUCAGACAGCCCACGUCCCAGGUGGGCCUAUGGGUGAGGAGACAGCAGCAGCGGGCCAGGCUCUGCAGACGCUGGGGCACCCUAUUCCCGGGGACCUGCGUGGGCCUGGACGGGCUCCUCUCCAUGGGAUUCCAGUAAUUUCGGGGUGACCAGGCCCUACCGCCCUCCCAAGGUGAGGCUGUGACCCUUGAGACACACACUGUCACACUGCCCACUUCCAAAAAAGAGGCCCAGAAGAGCUAACGUAGGCCAAGGCCACGGAUGAGGGUGGCGACAAGGCUGCGGCCCGGAAGGUCCUCGUGCGUACCGCUCGCGAGGCAUAUGCGAGCCCGUGUCCUACAGUGAAGGUGGAGGCGGCCUUGGCGGCCGAAGGCCCAGGCCAGGGUUCCUUCCCCCAAGAGAAACAGAACGCCGCAGAUACGGAAUAGCUUGGAGAAGAGUCCAGGCACUGUGAACAUGUGGAAUGGAAUAACCAGAGGGGCGCUGCACGUGGUUCAUCAAAGGACCAGGUUCCUUCCAAGGUUCCCUGAGGGUGUAAGACUGUUCCCCGGAAAAGCAAGGGAUUUUGCCCUGAGUAAAUAUGGCUGGAGUGCGCCUCUCGAGACAAGAUACCACUUCCGCCCCAAAGAUGGGCCAACGAACGAGGGAAAAGGAACAUCCGCCCAGAGGGUGGCCUGAUGAAGCCACUUCCGCCCUCUCUUAAGAUGGCGCCGACGGAAGGAGAAGUGUACCGGCCGCUGACGAUGGCUGCGUCUAGGCUAGAGCUGAACCUGGUGAGGCUGCUUUGCCGCUGCGAAGCAAUGGCAGCGGAGAAGCGGGAGCCAGAAGAGUGGCGGCUGGAGAAGUACGUGGGGGCCCUGGAGGACAUGCUGCAGGCGCUGAGGGCACAGGCGAGCCGGCCGGCCGCCGAGGUGCUGCACGAGUACGCGCGCAAGGUGGACUUCCUGCGGGGCCUGCUGCAGACGGAGAAGCUGGCCUCCACCUCUGAGAAGGCGCUGGCCAACCAGUUCCUGGCGCCCGGCCGCGUGCCAACCACAGCGCGCGAGCGCGUGCCCGCCACCAGGACCGUGCACCUGCAGACGCGCGCGCGCUACGCCGGCGAGAUGCGGCAGGAGCUGCUGGGCACGGACUCUGCCGAAGAGCGGGGGUCGGAGGUGAGGAAGCGCAGUGGGGUGGCCGGGCCCAGGCCCACAGAUGAGAAGCAGUCAGCAGCCGAGCUAGACCUCGUCCUGCAGCGGCAGCAGGACCUGCAGGAGAAGCUGGCAGAAGAGAUGCUGGGCCUGGCCCGGAGCCUCAAGACCAACACGCUGGCCGCCCAGAGCGUCAUCAAGAGGGACAACCAGACCUUGUCGCACUCACUCAAGAUGGCUGACCAGAACCUGGAGAAGCUGAAGACUGAGUCGGAGCGGUUGGAGCAGCAUGCUCAGAAGUCAGUCAACUGGCUGCUGUGGGCCAUGCUCAUCGUGGUCUGCUUCAUCUUCAUCAGCAUGAUCCUCUUCAUCCGCAUUGUGCCCAAGCUCAAGUAGCGGGGUGCCCGCUGACGCCACCGGGCACUGUGAGACCAAGGCGGGCACCGGCUGGGGUGGGGACAGCAGGUGUCCCACUCCAGCCCACAGUGCUGGGGUACACACCGGCUGCCCAGGGUGCCAGGAGAAGCCAAACUCUGUGACGCAUGCCUGUGGUCCCUACUGGGAGGCUGAGUCAGGAGGAUGCCUUGAGACCAGGAGUCCAAGGCCAACCUGGACAACACAGUAAGACCCAAAU